CGGCGAUGACACUCACCAACGCCUAGCCACCUUCUCACUCGUAGUUUGGUGCGCGAUCCAUUCGUACGUAACCGACUAGUAUUCUACCAUAUUCUUGAGAUAGAAAAAAAAAAGUAACUAAGAACAAAAUGUCUCUCGCCGAUCCCGUUGCUUUCAUGAAGGAUUUCCUCGCCGGAGGAAUCUCGGCCGCCAUCUCGAAAACGUGCGUGGCCCCCAUCGAGCGCGUCAAGCUGCUCCUGCAGGUACAACACAUCUCCAAGCAAAUCGCCGAGGACCAACGUUACAAGGGUAUGGUAGAUUGCUUCAUUCGCAUCCCGAAAGAACAGGGAGUGCUCGCCUACUGGCGUGGUAACACCGCCAACGUCAUCCGUUACUUCCCCACGCAGGCCCUCAACUUCGCCUUCAAGGACAAAUACAAGCAGAUCUUCUUGAGCGGCGUCGACAAAAAGACCCAAUUCUGGCGUUACUUUUUGGGUAACUUGGCUUCCGGCGGUGCCGCCGGUGCGACCUCCCUCUGCUUCGUCUACCCCCUCGACUUCGCCAGAACCAGAUUGGCCGCUGAUGUAGGUAAAGGCGCCGGCGAACGUGAAUUCUCCGGUUUGGGUAACUGUUUGGCUAAAAUCUUCAAAGCCGACGGUUUGCCCGGUUUGUACCGUGGUUUCGGUGUAUCGGUACAAGGUAUUAUUAUCUACCGUGCUGCUUUCUUCGGUUUCUACGAUACCGCCAAAGGAAUCUUGCCUGAUCCCAAGAAUACUCCGAUCCUCAUUUCGUGGGCUAUUGCACAGACUGUGACCACAAUUGCGGGUAUCAUCUCGUAUCCGUUCGAUACGGUGCGUAGGCGUAUGAUGAUGCAGUCGGGUCGCAAGAAGACCGAAAUCGUGUACAGGAGCACCGCCCACUGCUGGGCGACGAUCGCCAAGACCGAAGGGUCGAAGGCCUUCUUCAAGGGGGCGUUCUCGAACGUCCUCCGUGGUACGGGAGGCGCCAUCGUAUUGGUCAUGUACGACGAGAUCAAGAACGUUAUUAUGUAAAGCAAUGUUUUGUUAAUUAUCGAGAAGAGAGGAUCGCGCAUCACCAUCCAACCAACACUAGGGAAUAUUUAGCAAAAACAAACCAGACAAAAUUUCGAUUCGAUCAUUCUGCUGGCCGUGCUCGUACAAAAACCAUUCCGAGUGGGGAGGUACCGUCGCAGGGAGGCGGCGAAAUCGGGUUGCGUUUUGUUUUUAUUUAUGUAUUAUUAAAGUAAAAUGAAGUGACCGAUCGCCUGGCUGCGAUGGUUUCGCUGUCAACCCACCCGCACCUUGCUGAGCACGACUUGGAGGACAAUGUAUAUAGUUGUACAUUUAUUUAUUGUUUUUUUUUUGUUCAAUACAUUUACCUGUAAGUUCCAGUAGGCCCGGGCUGAAUUUAGGAGACUACGUCAUUUGAUUUAAUUUUGUAAUUAGAAAAGUGGUGAUUUCGUCGCCGAGUUCUUUUAGAUUUAAUUGUAAUACUGAGUUGUUCGGAUCGCAAAUAUACUGUUGUUGUUUCUUUUUUGGUUAAUUUCAACAAAAACAUUCUUUACGCAUUGUAUCAUCAUGUCUUUGAUGGUU